UUAUCCAACACAAGUUCGGGCAAGAAACAGAGGAGAACGUAGCCAGCUCAUCUAAGAAGUUCAGACAAAACAACUCUCUACCACAGUCGUUAGGUUCUCUUUCAUCUGCUAAGCUGGAGCACAAAUUUGGGAAUACAGACCUCAAGAAGCAGCUCUCUGAGGCAAAGGAGAAGCGAGAUGCUUUAAGAGCUGAGAAUGUUUGCCUGCGGGCUACCAAUGCGUAG